AUGAGAGUUGAUAAAUAAGUUGGAUAAGCAAGCUCUGCUAAUUUAACUGAAUAAAUUCUUGAUUAAUUAAGAAUUAAUUAAAAACAAUUUGAAAAGUAGUGUUCAGAAAUUGAAAAAUAAAUUAAAGAGCUAGUUGAAAACAUUGAAACUGAAGAUGAAAUUGAACCAAUUUAAAAUCGUAAACCUUAUAAAAGAAAUUGA